AUGGUUUCUUGCUCAAUCAGUGAGGAAUUCAGGAUUGAUCGAUUUGGCAGAAGUGUAUGCCCAAUUCUUAACAAUUCAGACAAGAACGUUAGGAGCAUAACCUUUUCACAAGUUUAUCAGGCUUACCAGAAAGAGUUCCACAUCAGUGUGAGGUUUGAGUCGUCUUUUGGUAAGGGAUUAGUGAAGAUUGUAGUGCAGGUGAUCUGCAGAUUGGAUCACCAUCUUUAUGCUGAAUUGGAUGGUCACCACUCAUUAUCCUGCUGCAGUUUAGAGACAACUUAUCGGACUACGAUCCUUGGUGCUAUAAAAUCAGCAGUCAACUCAAGCACAGAAGUUAUAUACAGUGAGAAUCCUGAUCGUAAUUUUGUAAAGUCCAAUAACUUUGCAUAUGCCAUUGUUGUGGUUGGCGAGCAUCCUUAUGCUGAGACCGCGGGAGACAGCCCAAACCUAAUGAUGGCGGAACCUGGCCCAAGUGUCUUCAGCAAUGUGUGUGAAAGUGUCAAGUGCAUUGUUAUCUUAAUAACUGGCAAACCUAUUGUAAUCGAACCAUAUAUUUCCUCGAUUGAUGCUCUGGUGGCAGCAUGGUUGCCAGGCUCUGAAGGCCAAGGCAUUACUGAUGUCCUUUUUGGGGAUCAUGGAUUCAGUGGAAAGCUUCCAAGAACAUGGUUCAGAACUGUCGAUCAACUCCCAAUGAAUGUUGGUGAUUCAAACCAUGAUCCACUUUUCCCGUUUGGGUUCGGACUGGAAACUGAGUCAGUAAAGGAGCUUGUAACAAGGUCGACCUCAGCUGGUGUUGUUGCAAGGCCAUGCAUGCUUAUCGUCAUGGUUGCUCUGAUUCUCAGCUUAUAGUUUAGAGGUAUAGUUUUGGGUCUAGGAUUAUUGGGUUCUCAGCUUUUCCUAAUUACGUAAGUUUCUGCUUACACAUUGCCUUUUUCCUUUAAAAAUUUCAGGAAGCUUUUACUAAUGGUAGAUUUUUGUUUUGAAAUUC